CCUCCCAGUCCUCCACGGCUCCCCAGCUUCUCCUUCCCGUCCACAGAGGCAGCAUGCUGGGCAACAGGAAGAAGGCAGAGCCGCUGAAAACCAGCAGGGCCAUCGACCCUCUGAGGAAUCUGGGUGUUCAGGAUGAUGAAGAUGUGAAGCAGAUGUUGCACGGCUCCAGUAUGGUCAAGGUUCGCUCAUCCCGCUGGCAGAAGCAGCGAACGCUGAAGCUUCUGGAAGAUGGCGUCACUGUGUGGUGUCAGUCACAGAAAACAUCCAGCCGGGCCAAACAGCAGCAGUCCUUCUCGAUCAUGGAGGUGGAGUGUGUUCGUGAAGGGUGCCAGUCAGAGACACUGCGGCAGCUGGUCGGCUCUGUACCUGAGGGCCGGUGUUUAACGGUGGUCUUCAAAGGGCCUCGAAAGAGCCUGGAUCUCCUCUGCGACAGCAAGGAGCAGGCUCAGCACUGGGCCCGAGGCAUUAGAACCCUGCAGGAGAGGAUAGACAACAUGAGCCAGAAGGAAAAACUUGAUCAUUGGAUCCAUGCUUACCUGAGUCGGGCAGACCAGAACCGUGAUGACAAGAUGAGCUAUGGAGAGGUCCAAACGCUGCUGCAUAUGAUCAACAUCGACCUGAGUGAUCAGUACGCUCGCAGCCUCUUCCAGAAAUGUGAUCAAUCAGCUGAUGGGCGCCUGGACCAUGAAGAGAUCGAGGUUUUCUGCAGGGAGUUGCUUCGGAGGCCAGAACUGGAUGCAAUCUUCAUCCGCUACUCUGCAAACGGCUGUGUGCUGUCCACUCUGGACCUCAGGGACUUCUUGAAGGAUCAAGGGGAGGACACGUCACUCACACAUGCCCAGAGCCUCAUCCUCAUCUAUGAGCUGAAUGAGUGGGCCCAGAGAAACCAGUUGAUGACCCCCAAUGGUUUCACCAUGUACAUGCUGUCUAAGGAGAACUGUGUGUUGAACCCGGAACACACACGAGUUUACCAAAACAUGAAACACCCGUUGUCACACUACUUUAUCUCCUCCUCUCACAACACCUAUCUGACUAAGGACCAGCUGACGGGGGAAAGCAGCACAGAGCCUUAUAUAAGAGCUCUGAAUCGGGGCUGUCGCUGUGUGGAACUGGACUGCUGGGAUGGAGAUGAAGGAGAACCGGUCGUUUAUCACGGACACACACUCACCUCUAAAGUGCCCUUUGUAGAAGUUAUUGAGACAAUCAAUGAGUAUGCUUUCAAAGCAUCUCCCUACCCUCUAAUCCUGUCUUUGGAGAACCACUGCUCUGUUGAGCAACAGACAGUGAUGGCUCGACACCUGCGAUCCAUCCUGGGGGACAAGCUACUCAUCAAGCCCCUCAAAGGUCUGGAUUCCCGCUACCUGCCUUCUCCAGAGGACCUUAGAGGUAAAAUCUUGUUGAAGGGGAAAAAGGAGACGGUAGAGGAUGAAUGUCCAUCCAGUUCUUCAGAUUCCAGCUCUGAUGAGGAGGCCGGUUGCAGUGAAGGAAAACCCAACAAAAAAGAGGAGGAGAAGAAGCCAGGUGUGUCCAAACUGAGUCCAGAGCUGUCUGAGCUUGUGGUGUACACUCGCAGCGUUCCCUUUAAAAGCUUUGAGCACGCUGCCCGAAACCCAGCCAGUGACAUGUCUUCCUUCUCUGAGAGUGAAGCACUCAGGCUCAUCAAGGAUUCAGGGAUGCAUUUUGUACGUCACAACAGCCACCAGCUCAGCAGGAUCUAUCCUUCAGGCCAGCGCUUCCAGUCAUCCAACUACAACCCUCAGGAGAUGUGGAACACUGGCUGUCAGAUUGUUGCUCUGAACUUCCAGACAGCAGGGGAGCAGAUGGACUUAAACCAAGGCAGAUUCCUGCAGAACGGUUUGUGUGGAUAUGUCCUGAAGCCUCCUUUCAUGUGUCAGCCGGACACCACCUUCAGCCCAGAUAAUGUUGGAGGUGGUCCUGGCCACAAACCCAUCCUGCUCACUGUUCAGGUUAUUUCAGCUCAGCAACUGCCAAAACCAGAACAGGACAAGCCCAGCUCCAUUGUGGACCCUCAAGUAAGGGUGGAGAUCUAUGGAGUUCCCAUUGACAACAUGAAGAAGAAAACUCAUUAUGUGGACAACAAUGGCUUCAAUCCACGAUGGGACAGCACUUUUAACUUCACCGUCCAUGUCCCUGAGCUGGCUCUCCUCCGCUUCGUAGUGGAGGAUCAUGACUACACAUCAAGCAAUGAUUUUCUGGGACAGUACACCCUGCCUGUUGCCAGUCUUCGAACAGGUUAUCGUCAUGUCCGGCUGCUGAAGCUGGAUGGGUCGAGCCUUUCACCUGCCUCUCUUUUCAUCAAUGUUAAGAUCACACCAUGUCAGGGCAGCUCGUCUAAAUCCUCAGGAGCAUCACCUGCCAAGUCUUUAACUAAAAAACCAUGAUGGCAGCUCCUUCCUGUAUCUGCCUCAAUCUAGAUAUAACACCUGGACUGUGAAGCAGCCCCCAACCCUCCAUGUGCUCAGGCUGUUAAACAGCAAGUUUGAAAUAUCAACAGAGACGUUUUUUUAAAUGUAGUGAAAUGAAAGAUUUUAUGAAUCAGCCAAGAUGAACAAUGACUGAUGGAUACUUGAAGACAAAACUCUUUCUUCGUUCACAGCUGCACCCAAUGACCAAAGUAUUCAAGUGUAUUGCAAACACAGAGUAUGACUAUUCUAGCCUCAGCAAAGACAUAUCAUCUGCAAAAAGGAGUUUUUUAAAUUUAGAAUUAUCUUAGUAUGUUUUUUACUUCAGAUUUUAUUAAACUAUUUUAAAAAUACCAGGUUCAGAGAAAACGGCCAAGGUGCCGUUUGUAAAGUUACACAGUCAAAAAUU